CAACACAUGACGUCAUCAAAGAGGGUCGCUGGGUUGUUCAUAGGUGUUGUGUUGAGCUAUUCCAGCUAGCAGGUAUAAAGCAGAGAAGAUGAUGGAAGAAAGUGGGAUCGAGACGACGCCUCCUGCCAGCCCCACUCCUCCGCUCAAUGAUCCUGCCUCUGCCAGCGCCCCCCCGAUGUCCGUCGGUCUGUCCACCACCACCUUCUCCCCCCAUCUCCCCCCUGUUUCCUCCCUCUCUUCCUUCAGCAGCCCCAUGGCGGCUCACCCCUCUCUUUCCUCCCCGUUCCCCCCUCCCUCCACACUUUCCUCUCCUUAUACAAGCAACUCUCCAUUUCCUCCCCUCUCCUCUCCAUCUCCAUCUUUUCCUCCCCCCCUCUCCUCCCCCAUGGCUCCGCCUCCUCCCCUCGCGGCUCCUCCCCCUAUGGGUCCGCCUCUCUCAAACUACUCCAUGAGCGCAGGAUAUGACAUCACUCGGGGUCACGCAGGGAGAACGCCACAAACACCGCUGAUGCCCACAUUCUCCAGUUCCAACGCCAUGCCAGGUAUGGGUCCGAACCCCAUGGUCCAGCAGCCCCUGAUGAUGGGGGGAGUCGACGGAUCUCCCAUCACCUUCCCCGAGGAGCAGGAGGACCCCAGAGCGCCGAGCCAGGCCAACGCUGGGGGGGGAAUCUGGGGCUUCUUCAGGGGAGUAGCAGGUAACCCGGUCGUAAAGAACGUCCUGGACAGAACCAAGCACUCAGUGGAGUCCAUGAUCACCACUCUGGACCCGGGCAUGGCUCCCUACAUCAAGUCUGGCGGGGACAUCGACAUCGUGGUGACUUCAGAUAAGGAGCUGCACGUGGAGGCGGUCAGAGACGCCUUUCAGGAGGUUUUUGGGAUGGCGCUGGUCACCGGAGAGCCCGGUCAGUCCAACAUCGCCCCGCAGCCCGUGGGAUACGCAGCCGGAGUUAAGGGGGCUCAGGAGCGCAUAGACAGCCUGCGUCGAGCCGGUGUGAUCCACGAGAAGCAGCCCGUCGUCUCUCUGGAAAACUUCAUCGCUGAGCUCUUCCCCGACCGGUGGUUUGAUAUCGGAUGUUUGAUCCUGGAGGACCCGGGUCACAGCAUCCGCAUCGAGGUCUUCACUCAGACCACUCCUCUGGCUCUGGAUCACAUCCAACAGGCCCAGUCCCUGACCCCCCCCGACUACAGCCUGCGUUGGUCAGGUCUGAUCGCCACAGUGGGCGAGGUGUUGGAGCGCAGCCUGCCCAACAUCAACCGGACUGACUGGCAUCAGGCCAUGACGGGCAUGACGCAGCGCCAGAUGAUCCACAGCGCUGCCAAAGCUCUGGCUGGGAUCUACAAACAGCAGCUGCCCCCCCGGACUGUGUGAGGCUCUCAAACUAACACGGGGCGCAGGUGGACACACUGGGAGGAAAAUCUGGCUGAUGGGACAGCAGAGGAUAAUCGUACAUCCCCAAAAAGCCCAAAUGCACACCUGUUUUUUAAAGAUGUCGAUGCCCACAGAUGAUUACUGACAUUCCAAUAUCAGCAGGAUUUCACUGAUCAGAUCUCAAGUGAGGCGUUAACUAAUCAUCUCAUCCUCCUUUAAACGUAUUUACACAUCCUGCAUAUUGAUACCAACAAACGAAACGCAUAAAGUGGUGCAGGAAUGAGUCGUUAAAUCAGAAAUGAGUUAGCAUAAUUACGUUUUUUCAAAUUGUGUUUUAGGGUUAGACGCCUGAUAUGAACUUAGAAUAUGUAAGUAAAUGUCAUCACUUCACGACUCUAUUAUACUCUUUAUAUACAGUUUUGAUCAUCGUUAUUGUAGGGAUUAUUCCAUGCACUGUGUCCCAGUCGUAGGACAUAUCCAGUCAGCACCGAUCCAAAGUCUACUCAAACUUACCUUAUUUAAAAAGUAUGCCAAAAUGUGUCAGAGCAGACCUUAACACCCGAGAAGGAUCUGACUAUAUACUGUAACACUGUCAAAUCUGCUGUGUACUCAGAUUGGCCGUGCUCUAUUGUAGAAGUUCCUUUUUAAAGAAACUAAUGUACUGUUUUUGUAGAAACAGUGAAUUACUCAAGGUGUCUCCUGACACUAUCGCCAAUUUCACAUUUAAAAACCUUAACUAGCGGGUAUAAAAUGUGCCAAUGAUCUUAUUUUGUGUGCAUUUCUUGCUUUCUGAUCUAGACUACGAUCCGUCCACUUUUUUAUUUUGAUUUGUUCAAGCUGUAAAUAAACCCUUUCUUAUUUUGCAAAUUGCCCAUCGACCGUGGGGUAGCUUGGCACCUGUUCACCCACCCUUGCUAUUCGUAUGCUUUCCAAAUGUGUGUGGUAUUUUGAUGGAACUAAAGUCAUUUAACAUGUAACUAAUAACUUAUUUUAGUGUCAAAAUGAGAUUUUAACAUCGGAUAAUGAAGCAGUACCCACCUAAAGGCCUUUAUUGGUUUUCAUAUAGCUUAAUUCCCAUAUUUUCAUGAAAUUAAAAUCACCUUAAGUCAUUUGCCAAACAGUAAACCCAGGGUCUGAGACUGUCUCCAGUAAAAACCCUUUAAAGCUGACUUGAUAAGAAGCCAUUGAGCUGAAACUGUUCUGAAGCGUUUGUUCCUUUCAAAAUGUGGAUCUUUACUGAAUAACCUUGUAUAAAACAAUUCGAAUUUGUGUCAAACUAUGAUAAAUAAUGAGUGCGAAUUGUAAUAUGCUGCUAACCCUGCCAUAGACUGUAAGCAGUGGACAUAGUCAUAAUAAUGAUAAGCCCUUUGAAGCCUGGAGUUUGUCAUAUUCUGCAUUUUCAUCUUGUUUUUUGGCACCAGAAGUGACCAUAUUUGGAUAAGAGUGUAGAGUACGGAAAUUAUUUGCAUUGCAACGCCUCUCUCCUGAUUGACAGGUCACUAUGGUAGCGACCUGUCAAUCACAAAGAAGUUGAGUUUACGUCCACUUCUGUAACAGUUUGCUCACGUCGACAUUUUGUUCAGUAAUGGUGAAAUCUGUGUUAUGUUGACCCUUAAAAAUCGUCAUUUACUGGAAAAAUAAGACUUUUAUUGAUAUUUAAAAAUGUCAACACAUGGGUGGUAGAAUUGUAUUAUUGUUUUUAUCGUUUUUUGUGUCUUUAAAUUAAUAAUGACAUCUCUUAAAAAAAUAUAACUUGCCAAAUGGCUCUAGCAUUUACAUUGCUAAUCCUGCUAAAUUGGUCUUAUUUGAAUUAAAGGGCAUUAAAGAAGUCUUAACCUGCCUUAAGCAUUAGCAACCAUUAACUUAAAAAUCACUUUUAAACUGAUUCAACACUUCAGUGUGCAGAUUGAUGAUUUAGGCUUUGUUUGUGAUCAUGUGAUCCGUGCAGAGCAAAGCACAACACCUUCUACACAUCACUCUUUAGUCGAGCAGGAUAAGUGCAUGCUGGGUAGUUUGCAACUGGGACACAGCUAGAUGUCAUCAUGAGUUUAAUUUAAAACCCACAGUAACACAUUCAUUGAUUCUUGCAACAUGUGCACAUCGUCACGGUCCUGCUGUCUGAAUGCAGUCAUUAAGUUAAAUCACAUUUGCAGCAGGACUCUAACAGUAACCAAUUCAUUCAUUUAUUUUUUUGCAGUAUUGAAACAGCGUCACAAAUGGAGGUAGAGUAAACUCUGCUGGUGAAGUUUGAGGGGAGAGACGUUCAUCUGUGUACUGUGUCCCCUUUAAUGUGCCUUUUGACAAAAAUAAAUCACUUUUUCACACGGUUUUGUCCCUGUCUCGGUGUAACAGGGUCCUAAAUACAGUAUAUAUGCUAAGUUGCUUAAUUUUGUCACAUUAAGUUAUGAAGAAGUUGUUGUUUGUACCUGGUGAGAUGUAUUUUGUUUGUGGUGCAGAGGUAAAAAGGAAAAUGUAGUAAUAAGCAGACAAUGGCUGAGUCCAACCAAAUCUCAAACUUCACUCUGAUGGUUCAAUUCCUGGUAUUAAAUGAGAACAGUC